AAGCUCGUAAGCGACUGGACAGAUUCUUGGACGCUCAGUGGCGCCGCAACGCUCCCUUGUUUAACUUUUGUUUUUCGGUUGAGUUCUCUGACACCGAGGGUUAAUGAGUCGUUGUUUUUGACAAGAAGCAAACUGACCCCAUUUGAGAAGUUUGUGGAAAGAGGUGUGAAUAAGACAGCAUGAACUUUACCCCAACACACACCCCUGCCUGCAGAAAUUUCAGUGGUUCCACCAGGAGGAGGGAAAUGUCAGAUUCAAUGGACUCAACACCCUUGCCUUCAACCAGAGAUCGUCUGGCAGUCCUCUGCCCUUCUCAGGAACUUCUGGAAUAUUAUCAGAAGAAGAUGACUGAGUGUGAGGCAGAUAAUGAGGACCUACUGAAGAAGCUGAAACUCUACAAAGAAGCUUGUGAAGAACAGCAUAAACUUGAAUGGGAUUUGCAGCAGAGAGAAGAAGAGAUUGCUGAAUUGCAGAAAGCUCUAAGUGAUAUGCAGGUCUGCCUUUUCCAGGAACGGGAACAUGUUUUACGCCUCUAUUCAGAAAAUGACCGGCUGAGAAUCAGGGAACUAGAAGACAAGAAGAAGAUUCAGAAUCUCUUGGCUCUUGUGGGAACAGACACUGGAGAAGUGACCUAUUUUUGUAAGGAGCCUCCCCACAAAGUCAGCAUUCUCCAAAAGACUGUCCAGGCUGUAGAUACACACGAGCAUAAAGAGCCUUCAGAUUCUAAAGCAGAGCCUAAAGUGAGCAAGAAAAGAUCAACAUUGAAAGAAAAGGAAGACAAUUCUGAACAUUACCAAAGAGACAUACAAAUCCUCAUCCUACAGGUAGAAGCACUGCAAGCACAGUUGGGAGAGCAAACCAGGCUUUCCAGAGAACAAGUUGAAGGGCUCAUGGAGGACAGACGGAUUCGCAUUGAAGAAAUACAAAUUCAGCAAGAGAGAAAUCAGAACAAAGUCAAAGAGCUAACCAAAAGUCUCCAUCACACCCAAGAGUUGCUAUAUGAGAGCACCAAAGAAUUUUUACAACUGAGAUUUGAAAACCAAAACAAAGAGAAGGCAUGGAUGCUUGAAAAAGAUCAUCUGCUAGCAAAGAUCAAGCAAGAUAGGGUGCAGUAUAAAAAGAAAGCAGAGAAAAUUGGAAAAAUUGUGCCAGUUUUCCACGAGAGUCAUUGUGCCCAGAACGAGUACGUUAAGUCCCUAAAGGACAAGUUAGUACAAGAGAAAAAGCUGUCCAACAUGUACCAAGAACAGUGCAUUUCUCUGGAAGAAGAACUUGCCCAAAUUCGGGAGGAGGAGAAAGUGAGGAGAGAGAUCUUCAAGGAUCGCUCUAGCAAAAUGGGGACGCGGUUACAGAUAAUGACAAAACGCUAUGAGGCCUUGGAGCGCCGGCGUAGCUUGGAAGUAGAAGGCUUUAAGACCGACAUUAAGGUUCUGCGACAGAAGCUGAAAGACGUAGAGCAAAUGCUGUAUCAGGCAACACUUAAUACCCAGGCAAACCAGGACCUUGCCAUUCUGUGCGAGGUACGCAACAGCAACAGACGAGCACAUAGGAUACAAGGAGAGCUGAGGAGCCUCAAGUCCAAAGUGUUUGGUCUUGAGAAUGAACUAAGGCUCUGUUGAUGUCUACUUUCAGAGAAGGUCAGCUUCCUGAAGCCUGUGGCAAAUGUCAUCUGCUCCCGGAAGGAGGAGACCUUGUGUUGACCAGAGUAGUGGUUUCCAUUUUUAUGAAGGCAGGGUGAAGAAUCAGGGCACUGAAUCGCGAAACUUUGUGAUUUUCACUGUCCUGUCACCCUUGUUGGGGAUCUGGAUUAUAGCCUGGUUUACUUUGAGACUUUCCUGGAUUCUCUCUCUCCCACAUGUUGACAGGCUUUUGUUUCUCUAAAAAGACGAUGGUAACUUAGGAAGAAAGGGUUUUGCUCUCAGCUUGUCUGAGAACAGUUUUCCUAAAGAUCGCCUUCCUUCUAGGCAGGAAGGGAAGACAGCAGCAGCAGUGACACCUUGUCAGAUUGCAGUAAUUCAGCUAUGUAAUUUCAGUUAUGAGCAUGUCAAGAAUUACCAUUAGGGGGCACUAGAGACCCUGCUCUUAAGCAAAAUGGUUAUGGGGGAAAAAGGUGUGUGCCACUUUGGCAAAAAUGAA